AUGCCAGGUAACAUCCGAGGAAUGUCGAGUUCUAGCCUCAUAGCUUUUGCUGACGAUGUCGCAGUGGUGGCGACAGGGCGUACAACAGCUCUCCUGGAGGAGUCCAUGAACAUGAACGCGGUGUCAAGAUGGAUGGCUAAGUCAGGCCUUACGUUGUCAGUGAGCAAGACCGAAGCGAUAAUGCUGACUACCAAACGCGGGUACACGCAACCUAGAUUCUUCCUGGAAGGUGAAAUGCUGCAACUGAAAGAUCACGUGCGCUACCUAGGAGUGGAGGUGUGA